AUGAAAUAUUAUAUCAUUCUUUGUUUCGUUGCAGCUACUUUGGCUGGAUCUUGUGGAUAAACAUGCUGCUAAGAUUUGAAGACCAGAGCAGCAAUGACAUAUCACUAUUAUAUUAACACAGGUAGAUUUGUUGGAGGCAGCGGAGACUCUGCAAUUAAAACAUUUGGAUAUUCUGGUUCUGGUCAAGUAUCUAAAGUCAUUCGAUAAAAUGUAGUAUAGAAAUGAUCCAGCAUCAAUGUGCAUCAAGAACAAAGGUCCUGCUCCAGCCACUACUUAUAAAAUCACAUUAUGCAAAAACACAAUGCAUAAUCCCCCUGUUGACAGACCUUGUUCUUUCUGGAUCGAGGCAGUAGAUGAAAAAACAAUGUGUGGCAGAAGCGAAAUCUUCAUCCAUGGAUGUUAAUGCUGCACUAAUGGAGAUUGGACCGAACCACCUGUUGAUGGAUGUUCUGCAGGGUAAAUGAAUAUUUGAUUACAUCAUUGUAGAUGCGUCAUCAUAAACGAAGCCAAUAGAAAGAAAUUAAGAGUCGGAGACACUAUAAUUAUUGAGGAGAGAGAUCCAUUGGGUGAGGAUGUUGAAUUCUUGGAAGGUUACUCUUAAUUUGCUCAAGAAGAAUGAAGCAAUUGUUAUAUCAUUGGACAAUUAUUUAUCAAUUAUUUAU